AUGAAUAAUCAUGUAAUCUUAUUACUUGUAAUUUUUUUUCCUUGUUACAAAUUAAAUAAUAUUAAUAAAUUUAAAUCAUAUAUUUCUCAAAAUAAUAAAUUAAUAAAAAAUGAUUUAUUACCAAUAUAUUCUUCAUUACCUACAUGUAAAAUAAAACAUAAAAUUUUACAUCAUGAUGGUAUGAAUGGUAAUGGUGAAAGAAUAUUAGUUGGAACAUCAAAAAAUUGUAAUGAAACUUUUAAUUUUCCUGUUGAUUCAAGUAUGAAAAAUUUAUAUAUUCUUAUUGAUUCAUUAGGUUCUGGUUAUCCAACUGGAGAAUUAUAUGAUAAAUCAAAUGUUGAAAUAUUACCAUGUUCAGAUCAAAAUAUUGAAAAUUAUGGAUAUAUAGCAAAAUAUUGUAAUAUAUAUGAUUUAAAUAGUGGUGGUAUUUUUUAUUAUUCUAUUUCUUCAUUUGAUAAUUAUCCCUGUUCUUUAUCUAUAUCUUCUGAUACAUCAAUUGUUAGUGAUGGUGGUUUUAUUAAUGAUUUAACUAAUGAUAAUGUACAAGAUGAAAUACCAGUAGGAAAUAAUGGAAUACAAAAAAUUCCAUCUAUUGGUGAAUCAUCUUAUUUUGCUUUUCAAAUGACUGGUAUAAAUAAUUCAGUUAUUCCAGAAAAUGUAAUUAUUAAAACUAAUAUUGGUAAUAAAUAUAUAUAUAAUGUUAAUGAAAGAUUAAAUUGUUCUGCUAAUAAUUAUGUUGGACCAUUCAUUUGUACAACAAUGGGAUAUAAUUCUCUUUACAUAAAUGGAAAAGAUAAUGAAGGAUUUGAUUAUCAAAGAUUUUAUACUUUUAAUUGUAAAAGUAAUACUAUUCCUACAACAGAAUUAGCACCAACAUCUUUUCCUCCUAUUAAUAAAUGUUUUAAUAAUGGAACAUUAAUAAAAACUUCUUCUACUUCAUCAUAUUGUUCUUGUACAAAAUAUUAUACUGGAAGACAAUGUGAAAAUAAGUUAUGUUUUAAUGAUGGAACAUUAGGUCCAAAUAAUGAAUGUAUAUGUAUGAAUUAUUGGAGUGGUGAAUUUUGUCAAGAUAUAAUUUGUUCUGAUUUAUCUGAUCAUGAUUUUGAUAGUAAUGAAAAAGUUUUUACAUUUAUUAUUAAAACAACAUUAUCAAUUGUUUCAUAUAAAAAAACAAUAAUAGACAUUGCUAAAAAUAUUUUAUCAAAUUAUGAAUUAAAUAAUUCUCAAUAUUUUGUUAAAUAUGUUAUUGUUGGUGUAGCAAAUAAUGAAAUUAUGUAUAUUAAUGAAUUUGAUUAUGUCAAUGAUUUUUAUGAUGCACUUAAAAAUUUAGAAUUUUAUAAAAGUAAUGACUGUUUAGAAAGUUUAGAAAUGGCAUUACUUACAGCAUUACAAAUAAAUUCAUUACAAAUAUAUACAAAAUCACCUAUUUUUGUUUUUAGUGAUGGAUUAUCAGGUGAUUCUGAAGAGAUUAAAGGUCAAUUAUUAAAUAAUAUUGUUUAUUUUCAAGGACCUAUAUUUUUUAUAUUAUUAAAAUCAACAAUAUUAGAUUGUAUAAUUGAUACAUCUAAUAAUAAUUAUAAAAGUUUAUUUUAUAUUUCUCAAAUGUCACAAGGAUUAGUAAGUAGAAUUGAUAAUGAAUAUGAUACAUAUAAUUUGGUAACAAAAAUUGGAAAUUCUAUUAAUAAUAUAGGAAUCCUUCUUCAAAAUGAUUUUUCUGAUUCAUGUCAUUAUGCCCCAAAAUAUCAAACAUUUUUUAUUGAUGAUUCAAUAAAAUCAUUUACAUUUAUUAUUUCUAGUAAUAAUGCAAAUUUUAAUAUACUUGAUUCUAAUAGAAAUUUACUACUUCCAUUUAAUGAAACUUCUAUUGGUGAUACAAAAAUAUUAUCCUUUAUUUCAAAUAAUAUUGGAAAUUAUGAAUUACAAUUUGAAAGUUCUGGUCCAGGACCAUGUCAAUAUCGAAUUUUUGGAACAACAAAAUAUAAAUUAUCAAUAGGAACAUCAAUAAAAAUGAUAGAGGAUAUUGAUUAUAGAAUGCCAAUAUAUAAUAAUGAUUAUAAUUUAGUUGGUAAAAUUAAUGAAUUUAUAUAUCCAAAUGAUACAGAUAAUUUGUUAAUUGAAGCAUUAAUUUGGACAAAUGAUAUACAAAAUGGAAAAAGAAAAAUAUUGUACUCAAGUAAUGGUAUAUUUCGUAAUGGUUGCCAUUAUCAUUUAUUUUUUGGAUCAUGGAAAUGUUUAACAAGAGAAAUGAAAUUUUAUGUUAAUGUUAUUAUUUCUGAUGUAAUGAAUAAUACAAUACAAAGAACAAAAUCAGGUUUUUGUGCUGCUUUCAAUCCAACACCUAUUCCACCAUCUGGUUGCCAGAAUGGUGGUUCAAGUAUUGGUAAUGGAAAUAAUACAACAUGUAUAUGUAAUGAAGGAUAUACAGGUAAUAAAUGUCAAAAAUUAGUAUGCCAAAAUGAUGGAUAUUCAAAGAAUGGUUAUUGUGAAUGUCGUGGAGGUUAUACAGGAAAAUUUUGUGAAAAAAUUGAAUGUACAGAUAAAAAUGAUUAUGAUAAUUUUCCAAAAUCACAAAAAUCAUUAACAUUUCUUUUACAUGAAUCUAUGACAACAAGAACAAUGAUAAAUUCUUUAUUAGAAUAUUCUCAUCAAAUGAUUCAAGAAAUUAAAAUUGGAGCAAAAGAUUUUAUUUCAUUUUAUCAAGUAAUAACUUUUAAUGAUAAUUCAACUAAUAUUUAUGUAAAUAGUAGUAAUUCUAAUGAUUUUAUUAUUGGUUUAGAAAAGUUACAAAAUACUGUAAUGGAUGAUGAUAUUUAUUCUUGUAAUUCACUUAAUUUAUAUGAAGGAAUGCAAAAAAUGUUAUUUGAUCCAAAUACAUCAAAAUAUGGAUAUUUUUAUGUUUUUAUAAAUGGUAUUCCAGUACAAAAAACUUCACAAUUUAAUGAAGUUAAAAAUUUUUUGGAACUAUUAGAAAUUCAAUUAAAUGUUGUUGAAGUUAAUGGAGCACCAUGUGGAAAUUCAUUAAUUAAUAAUCCUGAAAUGAAAUCACUCUUUGAACUUAUCUCUUUAACACGAGGUUCAUUUUAUAAUAUUGAACCAGUAUUGUCGGGUAAAAUUUUAAAAACAAUUACUUCACAAUAUUUGUCACAAUUAAUUUAUGAAAAUUAUAUUGAAAAUUGUUUUAUAGAUCCUAUUACAAUAAAUUUUCCAAUUGAUUCAGAAACAGAAACAGUUACUAUAAAUAUUCAUGGAAAUUUAAUUAAUGAUCCUGAAUACCUUCAACCAUAUAUUUAUUCUUCAUCUCAAUAUAAUUAUAGUUCAGUUUUAAAUAUUUAUAAUGAUUAUGCCUAUGGAAAUAGGAUUGAUAAAAUUAUAAAAGCAUGUGAUAAUGGAUGGAUAAGUUAUGAUGAUCAUUGUUGGUUAUUUGUAGAUUCUAAUGUUAGUUGGGAAGAAGCUAAAGAAUCAUGUAAUAAUAAUAAUGCUAAUCUUGCCACAAUUUAUAAUAAAGAUGAUAAAAUAUUUUUUGAAAAAUAUUUACAAAAUACACAAUUUUGGAUAGGAUUAAAUGAUCUUCAAAAAAAUGGUUCAUUUGUUUGGGAUCAAAAAAAUUCAAAUUCAUUACCAUUAUCUAAAUCUUCAUUUAUUGAUUGGGCUCAGGAACAACCAAAUUUAAUAUAUAGAUGUGUUUAUUAUAAUUUAAAUCAAACUAAUGAUAAUAAAAAUGGUUGGAUGACAGGAGAAUGUUCAAGUAGACGAUCUUAUUCAUGUGUUAAAAAUAAUUAUGAUUUUGAUAAUACUUCAAAAGAUAUUGAUAAUAAAAAAUUAUCAAAAGGUUUAUGGAGAAUUAAAUUACAAACUGUUGAUGGACCAUGUCAUGUUCAAAUUACAUCACAAACAAAUAUUCAUCUAUUUACUACAUUUUCAUUAAAUCAAUUUGAUGAUUUUGGAAGUCCAAAUCCAUCAAAAGGCAAUAAUAUUCUUAAUUAUAUGUUAGUACAUUCUACAGGACUACAAAAUAUUUUAGAACCUAAUAAUAAAGGAAAUUUAUUAAAUUUUUUAAUGUUUCCUUUAAAUGAUAUGUCUCUUCUUGAUCAAGGAAAUAUUACUGAAAGAGAUAAUUGUUUAUAUCAAUAUAUUUCAACAAAAUUUAUCUGUCCAUCAAAUAAUUUUAAAAUAUUAAUUAAUGGUGUUGAUAGAUUUGGUUAUGUAUUUCAAAGAAUGUUACCAAUAUCAUGUUCAAAUAUUGUUGUUAAAGGUGAAUGUAAAAAUGGUGGAAUUCCUAUGGCUAAUAAUUGUUUUUGUUCAUAUUUUUGGACUGGUAAUAAUUGUGAUACAAUUCAAUGUUUAUAUGGAAAACCUGAUAAUACUUAUCAAAAAUGUAUUUGUAAUGAUGGAUAUACUGGUGAUCAUUGUACAGUAGCUGUAUGUACAAGAAAAAAUGGAAAUAAUACCUCUGGAUUAGAUAAUAAUAAUAAAGCUUUUAUUUUAAUUAUAGAUGGUGAAAUGGUUGGUGAAAUGAAAAAUGUUUUAAUUAAUAUUGAAGAAUUAUUAUUAAAUAUUUUAGAUGAAACAGAACGUGUAAAAAAAAAUAAAUUUACACGUUAUAUUGGAAUUGUUUUUAGAGAUUCAUCAUAUUUACCAGAUAAUAGAAUUAGUAAUGUUUAUGAUACAACAAAUAAAACAUAUUUUAUUAAUGUUAUUAAAAAUGAAAUAAUGAAAAAUUUUCAAGAAAUUAUUAAUUAUAGUUAUUCAAGAUUAAUUUUAACUGCUAUUAUAAAUGUUUUAAAAAAUCAAUCAAUUCCAUCAUUAUCACAAGCUUAUGUAAUAACUAAUUCAAAUGCUGAAGAUUAUAAUAAAAUUGAAGAUGCAUUAAAUAAUAUUGCUUAUAAAUAUACAAAAGUUGAUGUUAUAAUUAUUGGUGAUAAAAAUUUACCAGGAAAUGUAUCAUUUAAUGAUAAUAAAAUAGAUUCAUUACUUAAAAUUGCCUACUCAUCAGGUGGUAAUUUUUAUCAAGUACCAAAUUAUUCAACGUUAAUUGGUUUUUGGAAUAGUUUAUUAAUAACUGAAAUUAAUACAUAUACAAUAACAAAAAAAUAUGGUUAUCCAUGUACAGAAUUAAUUGAAUAUAUACAAAUGGGUUCAAAUGGAACAUUACUUGUUUUAGAUAUUUAUAGUUCAACAGAAUCAACAAUACAAAUUCUUGAUCCAUAUAAUAAUGAAAUUGAAAUAAGUGGUCAAAUUAAAACACAAACAAAUUGGUUAAUAUUAAUAAGAACACCAUCUAUUCAAUUAAUACCAGGUGUAUGGAAAAUAAAAUUAAUAACAAAAAAUGAUAAUAAUCAUUUUUGUCAUAUAUCAGCCAGAGUUCUAGAAGAUAAUCCUCCACACAUAGCAUUUAAUCCAGAUAUUGGUGAAGAUAGUGGUAGGCAUUCUGAUUAUUCUAUUCAAUACACUACAGCUGGCUAUGAAAAAAAUGCUAUUGUUGCUGACACACCAUUUGGUACUUUAACUUAUGCACAAAUUCAUGAUUUGACUGGAGAAAAUUUAUUAUGGUCAAGUAGUUUAAUAUCAAGAGAAAAAUGUGGAUUUGAAUAUAUUACAAAAGAUCUUUUUUCCUGUGAAAUUCCAACUUUUAUUCUUUCUGUCAAUGAAAGGAGACGUACUUUAUUUUAUCUUGAAAAAAUUCCUGGUGAUAAUGGAUUACCAAUUAUAGGUAGUCUAUUAGAAUUUCAAGGUCCUCCAUCAUAUGUAUUGGAUAAAACAUAUGAAAUUCUUCAAAAAAUGAUUAGAUUAAAUUAUCCAAUUAUGAAAAUUUGGUUUGGAAAUCAUGUUAUUGUUUAUUUAUCAACACCAGAAGUUCAAAAAAUAAUUCUUGAUAAUCCAAAAGAGAUUACAAAAGGUAGUACUUAUGAUUUAUUAAGAGAAUGGUUGAAUGAAGGUUUAGUUACUGGUUCUGGAGAAAAAUGGAAGUAUAGAAGAAAAUUAAUUAAUCCAAGUUUUCAUUUUAAAAUGUUAAUUGAAUAUCAUAGUAUUUUUAAUGAAGAAGCUAUAGUAUUAGUUGAUAUAUUAAAUAACUUUAAAAAUACAGGUGAAGAAGUUCAAGUACUUGGAUAUAUGAAAAGAUGUCUUUUUGAUAUGAUUAUGAGAACAGCUUUUGGUCAUAAAUUAAAAUGUCAAUCAAAUCCAAAUGAUUCAUAUCUUCAUGCAGUAGAAGGUUUUGCUGAAAUGGCAUAUAUUGCAUCAAUAAAUAUUUUUUAUAAAAAUAAACUUUUAUUUUAUCUCUCUGGAAAUGGAUUUAAAAAAGAUAAAUAUUUAAAAACAUUAAGAAAGUUUAGAAAUGAUUUAAUUCAACUAAGUCAUAAAAAAUAUUUAAAAGAAAAAUCAACUAGUAAUGAAAUAAAGCAUAAAACUUUUAUUUCAAUGUUAUUAGAACUUUAUGAAAAUAAUGAAAUAGAUAUGGAUGGUGUUAGAGAAGAAGUUGAUAGUAUUAUAUUUGGUGGAUUUGAUACAUCUUCAGCUACAAUGGCAUGGCUUUUAUGGUCAUUAGCAACUCAUCCAGAAAUUCAAGAAAAAGUUUAUGAAGAAAUUUUUGAUAUUUUUGGUGAAAAUGAAAGAGUUGUAACUCAUGAAGAUAUUAAUAAAAUGUCAUAUUUUGAUAUAGUUUUAAAAGAAGUAUUAAGAAGAUUUUCAAUAGUUUCUAUUAUGGCAAGAAGACUUCAAAAUGAUGUUAAUAUUGGUGGUUAUAUAGUUCCAAAAGGAACAGAUGUUGUUUUAGGGCCUUUCUUAUGUAACAUGAAUGAUAAAACAUUUCCUGAACCAUAUAAAUUUGAUCCAAAUCGUUUUCUUCCUGAAAAUACAGCAAAUCGAUCAGCUUUUGAUUUUAUUCCAUUUAGUGCAGGACCAAGAAAUUGUAUUGGACAAAAAUUUGCUAAUCAUAAUAUUAAAAUAAUAAGUGUUUGGAUAUUAAGAAGAUUUCGAGUACGAACAAAUUAUCCUUUUGAUUAUUUAAAAAUGGUUCCUCAAAUUGUAACUAAUUCAGACAAAGGUUUUCCUAUUAUUUUUGAAAGUAGAGUUUAA